GCGAGUACUUUAUGGCGUCACACAGCUGACGUGUAUACGUGCACACCACCGCGUGAGGUGGAAUGAUAUGCAAGGAGCACAUUAAGACGGGAUCACAGUGAUCACACCACCGCACGGCACGCAGGUCGCAGGGCGGCUCUCAGAGGCGAGUUGAAUCUCAGUACGAACCUACGAACGACGUUCUCGCAUAACCUCGGCGUCGUCAUCGGCGAUCAAUCUGCCCCGAAUGCUCCACGGAGUCGCGAGCCACUGCUGAACGCCUGAACCUGGCGAGUCGCCUUCCCAAUUCCCUGAAAGGUGAGUACCGUAUUUGUCCAGCAUGUAUGUGAUUUGACUCGCUCGAGACCUCCCUUGAGGACGCGUCCAACAGACCCUUCUCUGCUCACAUUCGAGAAGAAGUUUGAUGCAGACGAAAGAAAGUAGCGCGAAGGAGAAGAGAACACAUGUGACGACCAGAUGUCGUUGACGUUUCAGCAGAUUAUAUUGGAUGCCAAGAAAUUGGUCAUUCGAAUUUCAGACCAUGAGAAUACUGCAGAUACUUUGAUAAGCGAGGUAGAGGCUGUGUGUGGACAAAUUGAUAACAUGAAGCAGUAUCAAGAGGAAGUAGAAAUUUUAAAUACAGAAGCAAAGCAAAGACCUCACUUGCAACUGAUUGCUGGAAUACAAAGGGAAAACAAACAUUUGCGAGAAAUACAGGCAGAGAAUAAGGAGUUGAGAAAUGCAUUGGAAGAUCACCAGCAUGCGCUUGAGCUCAUAAUGUCCAAAUAUCGACAACAAACUGCCUCUUUAUUGCGUCUCAACAAAACUGAUUAUUCAUCGAUGCAUAAUUCGAAAUAUGCUAAUAUAAUAACCAGUCAAGCGGAGAAAAUUAAUGAAAUGGCAGCCGUAAUGAAAACAGCUGCCGCCUUAGAUGAAGAGAAUGAAUUGAAAGAGAAGGAGGCGUUUCAUUCUUUAAAAGAGGAGAACGCCACUCUUCGAGAAAUAGUAAAUAUUGCAAAUAAAUACGGUUCCUUAAACAAAGAAUGUUCUGUAGAAAGCAAAACCGUUCAAACGGAUCCGCCAAUAGAUUAAAGAAAUAUUUGCUCCUAGCACUUUCGAUCCUUUUUAUAAAAAGUUGACCAGUAUUUAUUUCACACGUAAACUCAUGACAUUAUAUUACUAGAUAGAAUCUAUUACAUAUAAGUAAAAAGUGUAUGUGCAAGAGUUGUAAUAUACAUAUGCGAAUUAAAUAUUUGUAAAAUAAAUUGUAUUGUAAGCCG